CGUCACCGCCCACUCUAUCUAGGAGGAACAGCCUCCGGUCUAGAAGACCAGUUAUUCAUCGACCCCCCAUCAAUCGGCCACGUCUGCAUCGAUCCUCCAGCAUGCCUGCCGCCCUCGAGCCGACCCGCGAGCCCGUCCUGCUGCUGCGCGAGAUGCACGCAGAUGAGGAGUACGUGGUGAACGCCUUUGAGCGUCAUGCCGGCCACUGCCUGCGCUGCGCUGCGCCUCUCGACACCCUUCGCGCGGGAGACUCCCUCUGCGAGCGCGGCCUUUCCUACGCCGCCGACGUCGCCCAGUACCUGUACAGCAAGCAGGGCAAGGCGUACUCGGUGAUCGCCCGCGAGCGUCACCAGCCCACCCUCGUCAAGAUCCCGCGUGACUGCCCGGCGGUGCGCAACCUCCUCCUCGCGAUCGAGGACGGCCUGCGGUUGCACCGUGCCAGCGUCCGCUUCGCCCCCGUCGUCAGCCAUGAGAAGAAGACUCACACCCACACCUACCGCGUCUCCUCGCGCUCCCCCGUCCGUCUUCCCUCGCCGCCUGCCUCCCCGGCUACCUCCUCCAUCUCGACCUUCUCCGCCUCCUCCCCCUCCCAGCGCCACGAGAUCAUCGAGCGAGAGCCUCGAAGCAGCCAGCCCAGCCGGGUCGUCGUCUAUCCGUCCCCGCAGGCGUCUCCCAGCCGCGGCUCUCUCUAUGAGAGAGACGCCGUCGAGCGUAUCGAGCGCUUUCAUACCCCGUCACGCAUCCGUCGCACCACAGAGUACUACCGUUGAGGCAUAUUUGAUACUAUUGCAGUACUGUUACUACCUUGUCUACCUUGGUUAUUGGUCUACACCCCCCAACCCCCCCCCCCCCC